AUGGAUCGACAACCACCCUAUGACACCAACAAUUUUGACCAGUUCAGGUACCAGCUGUUCCCCCAGAUCCUGAAUUUCCUAUCACAGAAUCAACAACAACAACAACAACAACAACAACAACAGCAACAUCAACAUCAACAGCAGCAGCAACAACAACAACAACAACAACAACAACAACAACAACAACAGCAACAUCAACAUCAACAGCAGCAGCAACAGCAGCAGCAACAGCAAAUCCAAGUCCAACAGAAUGUGUUAGCACAACCACAACAGCCGGUGCUGCAGCAUCAGCAGUACAACACACUGAUGAGUGUCCUUGAUGCGUUACCAUCAGGUGUCCCAGGGUCCUUGAAUCGCUCUCAUCAGUUGGUUAAUUCUCUACAACUUGGGCAAUAUACAUCUGCUGCUGGAUCUCAUCCUUCUACUAAUCAACAACAGCAACGACAAAUAUCGCUUCUUCAAAAUGACGCCAAUCGUGGUAUCGUUCCUGAGGAAACUGAUGAUAGCAAACUACCUAGAGCAACUUUAAAGCAAAAGAUUGACGUAUUAGACUGGUAUCAUGCUAGUGAAAAGAAAUCCCAACAAGUGACAGUAGUUCAUUUUCAACAAUUCAAAAAAUUUGCGAUUACAAAAUCAUCGCUAAAUAGAUGGGUCAAAGAUGAACCGAAACUCAGAGAAGAGUUCAGAAAUUUAUCCUUCAGUUAUAGAAAUGUCUACAAGAACAAGCCUAAUUUGAAAAAUCCCGAAAUCAAUAGGGCUUUGGAAUUGUUUUAUGAACAGAGCUUGUAUGAAAAGGGUGCGGAAAAAAUCACUGAGAAAACCCUUUUAAAGAAGUUUGAGAGCUUUGCCUUCAAGUUUGAUCCCUCGUUUGAUCCAGAUAAAGCCAAACGAUCUAAUGGUUGGCUACAUCAUUUCAAGAAAAAGAAUCUGGAGAAAAAAAGGGUCAUCCAAGAUUUUUUUAUUGAGAAUGAUAAUAUUAUAUCGAUCAAGUAUAUCAAUCACGAGAAAUUCAGGCUUAAGAAUGUUCUUAAUGAUUUCAAGGCCAGUGACAUUUACCAUUUUGAUGAACUUAUGGUGACUUCUGACUUUCCAGGCCGCAAGCUCUUUGGCAAUUCCCAUGUGAUGAUCAAAAAAUUAAUGGUUGGUUUGUGUGUCAAUGCUGAUGGUAGUGACUUUUUGGGACCAUUGAUUAUUGGUAAGGAGGCAAUAUCUGAGGAUACCAGGACGAAGAAUUAUAUUUAUUAUUCACACCCUUCGUGCAGCAUUACCAAUGAAAUUUUUUAUGAUUUUCUUUCUAAAUGGGACCAAAAAAUUGAUGCUGCUAAUCCAAACAGAAAGAUUGCAUUGCUUUUAGACACAAUUUACUCUCAUAUUGUUCCUAAUAAGGACUUAAAGCAUAUAAAGUUAGUGUACUUUAGUCCAAACUUUGCUUCGUCUUUGACUUAUCCUCGUGAAUUAUUUAUCAAAAAUAUUCUUUCAGUCAGCGAUAAAAUAACCCAAGAGGACAGUUCUGUGUUCAACCUUGAUAUUAGAGAUAUACCUUUGAUGAACACCAAUGUCUCCUCCAGUAAAAGAAUAAAAAUUGAUCGCCAGGAUCCAAACCCAAAUAUCAGAAUAAAUUAUACCCUGGAAAUUCAGCCAAUCAGUCUUGGUAUCUCAAGAGUUUUCAAAAGUCAUUUCAAAUUGAAUUUGUUUGAAUAUUACUUGUCACAGCUACUUUGUGUUGAUAGUACUGAUAUGGGAGCUAUUGGGAACUUCACUGUCGAUGUUUUGGCUUCCGUCAUGAAUGGUAUCACUGAGGCCGAUUUGAUUUAUUUCAUAACUGAAAGUUGGGAUUCAUUCAAGCAAGAAAAUGAGAGCUAUGAGAACAGUGCCACUAGGGCCGAAAAUAUUGAACUGAUGGUAAGAGGCAACGGUCUUCUCGAGCAGCAUCCAAGCGGAUCAUACAAAAGAAAUAUUGUAUCCAAUUGUUUCAAAGAUAGUGACAUUUUGCCAUUUUAUAAUGUUCUCAACACCAACCAGACAGCUGGUGAUAGCUCGAUCGCCUAUUUUGAUGUUCCCAAAGAGUUGAAAUUAUUGAGAAUUCUUUCGAUUUUUGAACUGAAGAAUUUAAUCAGCUUACGGAGAAGACAACCAUUCUUAUCCAAGACAGUUGAACGGCCGUCAGAUUUUUUUUCCUUGACCAUUGAAGAUAUCCUUUUCCCACUUGAAGAGUUUGUGGUCAACAAGCAUCUAACAGAUGAGGAAAUUGUUAAUUCCAUCAAAGAGGAAGUCGGUGCAUAUAAUGAAAUUCAAGAAGUAUUGAAGAAAAACAGUGAAGAAUUUGAAAAAAGGAAGCAGGAACUAAAAUUGAAAAAAACCUUAACCAAAAGCCUUGAUCCCACAGAACGAACUACUAUCAACAAUAUUAUUGAUGAGCAAAUCAGGCGUAUUGAUGCUGAAAGUCAGUUAGGACAAAUCAGUUCACAGUUAUCUAAUCCAAAUAACUCUUUACCUUCAGAUACAGUUCCUACAGAGAUUACUGGAGAAAUUCCGACAAACCAAUCAAUCAAUGCACAAAGUUCGGAGAUGGAUAUAGCUGGAGGGUAUGAUAUGGAUAUUCAAGAGCUUCUCAAGAUCUCCAAGUUUUUAAACAAUGAUAUGAAGAAUUUUUUGAACUCACAUUCAAGAAAUUACUUGGGUAGAGCCAGAAACCAUUUCCGGAAUUUCUUGCUUUCAUUUAAUUUAGAGUUCAAUGAUUUGUUACUAGAUUUUGGUGAUGUGAUGAAGUUAGAAGGUAUGGGUCGUAACUACGAUGCGUUUUAUGUGAACCUGAAUAAAAAGAACUCUAAAUUGAAACUACGACCUACUAACAACCAGGGAAUAACUUUUGAAAAUACUAAUAAACUAAAUAUGGUGAAAUCAUCACUGCAGAGCAAUGUUUUGGGGGUUGAUGAUUAUAUUUUGAGCAAUGCUAACAAAAGAGAUUACGCGAGUGUCUAUGGCAUUGAAAUCAGUGGAACAGGGGAACAGGUAGAAAAACGCCAAAAACAAGUCGCAUCAGGAUUGAGUGGCAUGAUGAGGAAUUUUAAUGGAAAUUUAUAG